CAUGUGUCUGGUGGUAUUGGUUUUAAUUGUCCGGUACCUCCUCCCAAGUGGGAGGGGCUGGAAUAUGAGGUGGCCGGGGGAGCGAGAGGUCGGCCAGGAUUGCCCCUGGCCCGUUUCCUGGUCCUGGAGGUGUGGAUGUCAUGGAGGGAAGGCAGGCUGUAGCCAAUGGUUUUCUCAAAUGUUAUGAGGAGUGCAGGGAAACUGACCAUGAAUAGGGUUUAACCAGCAGCAGCCAGCAGAGAUCCCUAGUGUCAUCUAAACUUUAAACUUCAAGAUAUCUCUGUUCCAAGUUACUAAUAGUAAAAGGCCAGCAAGAACAUGUUGUCUAUUUACUAUCUUUAGCAUCAGUUCCAUCACUUUGAAGUAAGAGAUAUCUGCACCGAGACAGCUUUUUAAAAUCGGUGUCUACUUUUAAAUCAUGCUGAAAACAUUUACAGUGAAAGUUUUACUAUUUUCACCUUGUAUGUGUAUUUUUUUUUUAUUUUUUCUUCUUAAAAUCUUUGGUUUUGCAGUGUGCUUUACAAAUACACAUUAUUAUUAAGAAUAUAUAUUAUUUUAUGCUCCAUUUGCUCACCUGUUGAUAUUUUAAAUGUUUGUAUAGUGUCUGUAUUACUUUCUCAGCUCCACAAAAACAUAUCUUUUCCUGCAGUUCAACAUUGCAAAGUUCAGGCAGUAUAAAUAUCAUGGAAAAUGCAAACAUAAUACACUUUUUAAAUUCCAUUGAUAUUCGGUAUUCUUCUUCUUUUCAUGAAAUGCAACCGUGAGCAUGUUUGAACCCCCAACAGCUCCCACAGGUGGUGUUAAACUCUACGUAGCUGUGGGAUUUCUACUCCCUCUCUUUACAUAGACUCUCUGUGUUAAGCAGGAUCUGACUUUGAUUUGCAAAUUCAACAUUUCUCCGUCUCCGACCACACUCUUGUUUUUGUCAAAGAAAGCUGGCGGGGAACGAUAACUUGGAAAGCGGACGGGGAAAAGGAAAGAGGGCAAACUGAAUGGGAGAAAACCUUUGAGAGUUAAUGUAGUCCUUUAUCUUUUCUCCUUCUUUCAGUGUGAAAUGCUCACUUUCUCUGCCUGGAUCACCUUAUACCAUUCUCAGGUUCAGCCUAUCAGCACCUUUUUGUGUGGAGCUCUUGUUACCCCACCCUACCCUUGGGAAGAUGGCAUUAUACUGUAUUUGGAAGGGUAACAGAGCUCCCUCUAUCUCCCUGAGACAUGCCGCUGACCUGUAAUUAAGUCCCAUUGUACUAUUCAGAGGAAACUCCUCACCAAAACGAACAGAGGGCAGUGUGUGUGGAUUUCCAACAGCUCUGAUACUGCAGUGACUAAUGCUCCACCACACAAGCUGGGUUUAUCAAAAAGGACCACAUGCAGCACACAUUACAGCUCGCAUUUUCCCUCUCCAGAGAACUCAAAGCUAUGUUGAUUGGUAAUGAGAUACAAUCCACACUGUCCAUCUCUCAUUAGUGAGCCAUUGCUGGUUGCCUCUGUCUGUGUUCUCACCGCUUGCUCUCUCUGUCUCUGCACCCCUCCACCACCACCCCUCCUCCCACCACCACCACCAGCACCACACACACACACACUCCCAAUCCCCAUCCGCGCCAUUCAACCCCAUUGAUCAUGCAUGCAGAAAUUUAACACACCCCUUAAUUCCUGUCCAAAUAGCCCCUGUCCCACUUCCAGAGCUUCAUCUGUUCAUCUGCAGAGCACAGAGUAGGCCUGUUUGCAGGCAGGACACUGGCUGCAGCACUCAAUGAGGACAAUCACAAAUCUAAAUCUGUGCCUGCACAUCCUGUUUUACACACUUCAUGCUUGUGUUGUUCUUACGGCAUCAUGUUACAGGUGUGAGUGCAUUUUACAGACACACCAAGCACAAUAACUUUUGCUUGCCCUCAUGUGUUGCAGUCAGUAAACUAAAAAAUCUCCAGUCAGAUUUCACGCUCCAAACUUUGCACCAAACUCUGAAUGUAGUUAGAAACUGCAUCCAUUUUACACCCACCUUAAGUAGAAACGCAUUGUCUUUGUUUGAAUUGCUCAAGCCAUUGAUUGGCCUUAACAUUGGUUACCAGGUCACAUGUUGAGUCAGUGUUGAGAAGAUUAGCUGGAGCUGGCUUUGCUACUAAUUAAAUACUUAAACCCCAGCAGUGAAUGAGCACAGCACACAAGCCUCCUGUUAUACCACAUUGCAUAAGCCGGUCUGCAGUAUGGAAGUGUAAUAAAAAACGAAAGAAAUGAUGUCUGCAAAUUAAAAACACUGAUAAAAUUCUCUCUCAAUUCUCCAUUGAAUAUCACUCAGAAAUGACUCAACAAGGAUCCUGUGGGUGAAUUGGGAAGCUUAGUUUAAAGAUCAGUAAAUAUCAGUGAUACCAUAUGAAAAAUAUUAAUAAAGGAGAACUGUGAAGAGAGACAUGAGCUUCAUCUUGAAUUGAUAUUAUUUCAAUAAGCUUCUGGGGCUGACUGUGAGGCAAUCGUUGUGAAAGUGAUUAACUUGAACUUUUCUAUAAACACAUUUUUAUACAAAAACAUGCCCUGUUUCGAGUCAUGGUUGUGUUUGUAUUACUCAUCAUAUUAGAUUAAUAGCAUAUGAUGUUAAUUUCCUGACAUGACAUAAGGUAGGCCAAUGUUCUUCAUUUGUAUCUGCAUGUGGUGUGUUGUAGUGUGACAGUUUACCAGAUUUUUGUCAGUGUAUUGUAAGACUUUGACCUUGAAUGCAUCAUAGGUGAUGAGUCAACGUUUUAGUGAUAAUCAGACAGUGGUCUUCAAACUGGUUAUAACUGUAAAUUGUGCCAGUUAUUAUUUUUUUCUUUUUCUUUUUUUCGUUUUUUGACUGCGAUGAAAACUGCGUCAAGUAAGUCAGACUUAACUCGAAUAUGACAGGAAGUUAGGGCAUGUUCGCCUUCAUAAUAAAGGCUUAAUGGUUUUCACCUAGGGGAAAAAGCAUCUACAGAGGUUUAAUUAUAAAUAAAAGUGUAUAAAUUUAAAGUGCAUAUAGUUUUAUUUGUUUAGAAAAAGUUUUAACUAUGGUUUGGCAUUAUAAAUAAAUGCCACUUCUUAGUGUACCAGGUAUUAAUUUUUUGUUGUUGAUACAAAAUGUUGGUGAAAAUUUGGGAUUUUUAUUUUAAGUUUUGCAUUAACAUUUGAUGUAAAUAUGUUUCAUCAGUUAAGAUAACCCUGUGACUUUGUUUAUUGUUGGCUUAUUUAUUUUUCCAUCCUAUGUGAUAUCUCGAACAACACUGGACUCAUUCUGACAUUGUCAAUAGUGCACACACUCUUCUGAUCAUGCUUCAGUUAAGGAUGCUCAUAUCUCCUACUUUUAAAUACAGUGACACAGAAUGUAAUGCCGUCUUUAGAAAACAACAACACUGACCUCAAAUGCAUAUCGAUGUUCGACACCUGCUAGUUUGUUGAAUUACCUCAAAGUCUUAAUGACUGACAGAGUGUGCAUUGUGCAUAGAGUACUGUUAGCUCAUAAGUACAGAUUCAAAGACUGUAAUUGAUUACACUUCCAUAUUCAACAUUGGUGGAAGAAGUAUGCAGGUCAUUAACCUAAGUAAAAAUAUGAAUACAGCAAUGCUCAUAAGCAAUCAAUUACAAGUAAAAGCCCUGUAUAAAAUGCCACUUACGUAAAAGUACGGCAGUAAGUCCUUUCAGCUUGAUGUAGUUAAAGUAUUGCAGUAAAAGUAGUAGUUUGGUCACUCUAACUGAUCUAUUAUAUUGUGUUUUACAUCAUUAGAUUAUGAAUACUGAAGCAUCAGUGUGUAAGCAGGAUGUUACUGUUGUAGCUGCUGAAGGUGGAGCUAGUUUACAUUACUUUAUAUACAGUGUUAGUCCCCAUUCAAAGGUUCACCAGAUAAAUCUGAGGAGUUUUGAGAUGAUUAAUGGGAGAGAAAAGAAGAAAAAACAAAGUUCCGAUACACAAAUCUGUUUUCAGUUUUUGGACUUUUUCUCUAAUCUUUGAUUUUUGCAGAAAUAUUGGAUCAUUUAAACAUUUAUUGAAAUGCAACCAUGUGAGAAGUUUAGAGGAAAAAAUACUAUUUGGUGGAGCUGUUAACAAAUCAUAGACAUCUGAAAUGUGAGACGACUACCCACUGCUUUUUGUAAGACGCCAAAAGACGAAAAGGUUGGAAACCACUCUUGUUAUAUUAUCCAUUGUGUCAAAUCUUCAUCUGCAAGUAACUAAAGCUGUCAAACAAAUGUAGUGGAGUAGAAAAUUCAAUAUUCCCCUCUGAAAUGUAGUGGUGUUACAUCAAAUGGAAAUACUGAAGUAAAGUACCUUCAUUAUAAGUACAGCUGAGUAAAUAGUUAACUUCUACGUCUUUGAAAAACAAUGAAAACAUGCUACUUUUUUUUUUAUUUUUAUUUUUUAACAUUUGCAAUUACUCUGGGCAUUCAUGCACAUGCGAGUAUUGCCUUUAACUUCUCAUACAUAUCUCUGAUCGCAGUACUUGUAACAGUCGCUUCACUACCAUUAUUGUGAAAAGCGGCGGCGGAAGCGGGGUGGCUAACUGUCGCGUGCUUGACGCUGGAGCAGCGUGCCUCGGCGGUGGGAUGAUGAGAGACAGCAGCGGGGACUGAGUGGAGGAGGAGGAGGAGGAGGUGGAGUCUGUCCCAGCCUGCAUCUGGCCCGUUCUCCCCUCUCCCUGUCACCCCGGGCCAAACCCGCCCAGCUCCUCUCACUCACUCUCCGCCUGUUCUCCCGCACUGCACGGCACGGCUCGGCUCGGCUCGGCCCGGACACACACGGCACUCACUCUCACACACACUCACUCACACACACAGACACACACACACAGCAAGGACACGGAAUGGAGACGGAAGGGAGCCAGACCAGCCUGUCCACCACGGACUCCCCUCACGACCCCUGCAAAAUGUUCAUAGGUGGACUCAGCUGGCAAACAACACAAGAGGGUCUGAAGGAGUACUUCUGCAAGUACGGCGAGGUGAAGGAGUGUAUGGUGAUGCGAGAUCCGGUUACUAAGCGCUCGAGGGGGUUCGGAUUCGUCACCUUUGUUGAUCAGGCCGGCGUGGAUAAAGUUUUGGCCCAAACCAGACAUGAGCUGGACUCAAAAACAAUCGAUCCAAAGGUUGCAUUCCCUCGCAGGGCUCAACCCAAGUUAGUGACCCGAACCAAGAAGAUCUUUGUGGGAGGCCUGUCGGUGAACACAACUAUAGAGGAUGUCAAGCAGUACUUUGACCAGUUUGGGAAGGUCGACGAUGCCAUGCUCAUGUUCGACAAGACCACCAACAGGCACAGAGGGUUUGGCUUUGUGACGUUCGAGAACGAGGAUGUGGUGGAGAAAGUGUGCGAGAUCCACUUCCACGAGAUCAACAACAAAAUGGUGGAGUGUAAGAAAGCUCAGCCCAAGGAAGUGAUGUCCCCCACGGGCUCAGCCAGGGGACGAUCUCGGGUGAUGCCCUAUGGAAUGGACGCCUUCAUGCUGGGUAUUGGUAUGCUGGGUUAUCCAGGCUUUCAAACAGCCACCUACACCAGUCGGAGCUACGCUGGCAUCACCCCUGGAUAUACCUACCAGUUCCCUGAGUUCCACUUAGAGAGGACUCCCCUUCUGACUUCACCCCACCCCCCUGAGCUCACAGCCAUUCCUCUCACAGCGUAUGGACCAAUGGCAGCAGCAGCGGCAGCAGCAGCAGUAGUCAGAGGCUCCACCCCGUCUCGCACAGCUGGAUUUUUGGGUACGAGCAGCCCGGGGCCGAUGGCAGACCUUUAUGGUACAGCCGGUCAGGAGUCGGCGGUCAGCAGUUACCUCAGUGCUGCUAGCCCUGCCCCAAGCACUGGAUUCAGCCAUAGUCUGGGGGGUCCGUUGAUUGCCACGGCCUUCACCAACGGCUAUCAUUGAGAAAUGCAGAGCUGUAGACUGACAGCUGGAAGGAGUUGAAGCUGCUUUGGAGCUGAUCUGGCCUGUCUCUGUCCAGUCCACCUCUCCGGCGUGGGGCGGCUGAACCCUCACCCCUCCACCCUGGCGACCCUGCUGACGCCUUACUAAACUCCAUCUCCUCUGAAAAAAAAAAAAAAAAGUUUUAAAAAGUUCACAAAAGGAGAGAUACCUUUUGAAAAAGUUGUAUCACUACAUGUAAUAGCAACACGUACAGAUGCUGUAUUUUUAGUGUUUUUUUCCGGGUUUUUUUCUGUUGUUAUGUUUCACCAUGCUGUUUUUUUGUGAUGGCUACGUUUGUUUCUUGAUCUGUUUUGGCUGUGUUUUAUUGGGUUAUUUGACCUCUGAACCUGAUCUCUUUGAGAUAGAGGAGUUGUAUCUCCAAGUGACACCUGUCUGAAAGUCAGGAGCUGUAAUUUGUACUGGAAAACUGUAUAUUUGUCACUAGUUCAUACUGAAUUUUAACAAAACAUUUGUGAUUAAUACUAUUUCUUGAAAAUGUGUCACAAAGUGUAUAUCUUGGUAGGUUUUUAACAAAAACUUGUUACACUAAUAAUGGUCAGAAGACAAAGGUCAUUAGUCACAGUUACAUAAUAGGCCUACGUGAGCUGUACAAUUUUGUAAAAUAUUGUAAAUAUGACUUUUGUUUGCGGGGGGGGGGGGGG